AUGUCGGCACCCAAUGACUACGGCCAGCAGGCCGCAUUUCAACAAGGUCAACAGGUCCCCUACGCUGAUGAUGGCCAAGCUUACGCGAACCCCGCUGGCUCACCUCCCCCUCAAGCGACCCAGCAACCUGGCGAGGGGCAAGGCAAGAAGAAGAAGAGAGCCUACGCUGCCCAGGCCUUCGAUGUCGGCAGCGGUGCGAAUGCUGCCGUAGGAGGCCAGCUCCCAGGCGGCGGACAGUUCGGCACUCCUCAGCCCAUGGCUGCUGGCUACGGAUACCCAGGUCAGGACGCACAACCUCAGCCUGCCCCUUACGGCGCUCCCCAGACAUACGGCUCGCCGGCCCCUGCUACCCCGGGCUUCCAGCCGCCAGACGCCUAUGGCGCUCCCGCGCCUGGUGUAGGUGGCAUCACGCAGGGCAUGGCAGGCAUGCAGAUGGGACCAGGACAGGGACAGCCAGCGCCCCAGCAGAUGCCGCCUCAGGCCCAGCCUCGCAUCGGGCCCCUCAACCAGCUCUAUCCAACAGACCUCUUGAACCAGCCCUUCAACGUAUCCGAGUUGGACUUGCCGCCGCCUCCGAUCAUUCUGCCCCCGAAUUCCAGCUGUACUCCUUCCCCGGAGGCGAACUGCCCCCCGAAGUUCAUUCGAUCCACGCUCAACGCCGUGCCCACGACGCACUCCCUCCUCAAGAAGUCCAAGUUGCCGUUCGCCCUUGUCAUACAGCCAUACACAUCGCUUCAUGACCUGGACGACCCGGUCCCUGUCAUCCAAGACCAGGUUAUUUCUCGCUGUCGGAGGUGCCGGUCGUACAUCAACCCAUACGUCACCUUCCUCGACCACGGGCACAGAUGGCGCUGCAACAUGUGCAACCUCUCGAACGACGUUCCUCAGGCCUUUGAUUGGGAUGCCGCGGCUCAGAAGAGCGUCGAUAGGUGGCAGCGCGCAGAGCUGAACCAUUCUGUGGUGGAAUUCGUCGCGCCCCAGGAGUACAUGGUUCGACCCCCGCAGCCUCUGGUCUACCUCUUCUUGUUCGACGUGAGCUACGCGGCUGUGUCCACGGGGCUCUUGGCGACAAGUGCGCGGACGAUUCUGGACAGUCUCAACAGGAUACCCAAUGCGGACCGUCGCACUCGCCUCGGUUUCGUGGCCGUGGACUCCAGCCUGCAUUAUUUCUCAAUUCCCAAGGAUGCCGACGAGAACGGCGAGACGAGCAUGCUUGUUGUCAGCGACCUUGAGGAGCCCUUCAUGCCAGUGCCUACGGAGCUCCUGGUGCCCCUGUCAGAGUCGCGACAGAGCAUCGAGAAUUUCCUGACAAAGCUUCCGGACAUGUUUGUCAACAACCAGAACAAUGGAUCUUGCAUGGGAUCGGCUCUGCGAUCUGGCCACAAGCUGAUCUCCCCGCUUGGAGGUAAGAUCGUUGUCCUCAGUGCCUCACUGCCGAACCUGGGCCACGGCAAGCUCGAGAUGAGGGAGGACAAGAAGCUUCUGGGCACCUCCAAGGAGAGCAGCUUGCUCCAGACCGCAAACAGUUUUUACAAGAGCUUCGCCGUCGAGUGCUCCAAAAAUCAGGUUUCAAUCGACAUGUUCCUGUUCUCCUCGCAGUACCAGGACGUCGCAUCGCUGAGUAACCUUCCACGGUACACCGGUGGUCAAACGUGGUUCUACCCUGGGUGGAAUGCUGGACGACCCGAGGAUGCCAUCAAAUUUGCAUCUGAAUUCAGUGACUACCUCUCGUCUGAGAUCGGCCUGGAGGCUGUGCUGAGGGUGCGCGCCACUACUGGUCUGAGGAUGAACACCUUCUACGGCAACUUCUUCAACCGGAGUUCGGACCUCUGCGCAUUCCCGGCCUUCCCCCGCGACCAGUGCUAUGUCGUCGAGGUCGCCAUCGACGAGACAUUGUCCAAGAGCAUGAUCUGCAUGCAGGCCGCCGUUCUUCACACGACGUGUAAUGGCGAGCGCCGCAUUCGUGUCUUGACAUUGGCCCUACCCACCACCCAGAGCUUGGCAGAUGUGUAUGCUUCUGCUGACCAGUGCGCCGUCACCACGUACUUCAGCCACAAGGCAGUGGAGAGGGCGCUGAGCAACGGUCUGGACUCUGCCCGCGACUCCCUGCAGACCAAGAUCAUCGAGUUACUACAGACCUUCAGGAAAGAGUUGGCCGGCGGCAGCAUGGGCGGUGGUCUACAGUUCCCCGCCAACCUGCGCGGCCUGCCAGCCCUCUUCCUUGGGCUGAUCAAGAACGUGGGUUUGCGGAAAUCAGCGCAGAUCCCCUCGGAUCUCAGGUCCGCAGCCCUAUGUCAGCUUUCGACGCUACCUCUGCCGCUGUUGAUGCAGUACAUCUACCCCCGGCUGUACUCGUUGCAUGACAUGCCCGACAUUGCGGGCACUCCAGAUCCCGAGACAAGCCAGAUUGUUCUGCCACCUCCUCUGAACCUCUCGUCUGAGCGUUUCGUAUCAUAUGGCCUGUAUCUCAUCGAUGACGGCCAGACGCAGUUCCUGUGGGUCGGACGGGAUACGGUGCCCGCCCUGCUCCAAGAUGUGUUUGGGGUUGCCGACCGGACGCAGCUCCAUGUCGGCAAGGGAACAUUAGCAGAGCUGGAGAACGACUUCAACGAGCGUGUGCGCGCGGUCAUCCAGAAGAGCAGGGACUACAGGUCUCGCGGUGUGGGCAGCAUCAUCCUGCCUCACCUCUACAUUGUCCGUGAGGACGGCGAGCCGAGCCUGAAGCUCUGGGCGCAGACGUUGUUGGUGGAGGACAGGGCAGACCAGGGGAUGAGUUUCGCGCAGUGGAUGGGAGUGCUGCGAGAGAAGGUCGUCCAGUGA